AUGAUACCGGAAGGGAACGGGUUUCAAUAUAAUGAUAAUCGCUGGGAAGCUUUAGAAUGCAUAUUGGGCCGAAGUGGACCCUUGAAGCGCAGUGAAUUUGAGCCUUCCGCUGAGAUGGUUAGGUUGUUGACCGAAAACGUCUGUAUUCUUGUAGUGGGAGCUGGAGGUCUAGGCUGCGAAAUUCUAAAAUCUCUAGCAUUUAUGGGAUUCUGCAAUAUACAUGUCAUCGAUAUGGAUACAAUUGAUGUAUCCAAUUUAAACAGACAGUUCCUUUUCACCGACAAAGAUAUCGGCAGGUCCAAAGCCGAGGUAGCUGCAGAGUUUAUUAUGCGUCGUGUCGAGACUUGCAAAGUUACACCACAUAACAAAAGGAUACAAGAUUUUGGUCCUGAUUUUUACAGGCAAUUUGACAUUGUUUUAUGUGGACUUGAUUCUGUGGUUGCUCGUCGAUGGAUUAACAGUAUGCUUGCCAGUUUGGUUAGGUAUAAAGAGGACGGAAAACCUGAUUUGCAUACCAUAAUUCCAUUGGUAGAUGGUGGAACUGAAGGCUUCAAGGGGCAUGUUAUUGUUGUUCUUUUUGGUUUCACGGGUUGCAUUGAGUGCAGUUUAGAUCUGUAUCCACCUCAAAUCAACUUCCCUCUCUGUACCAUCGCGCAUACACCAAGGCUACCUGAGCACUGUGUUGAAUAUGUGAGAUUGCUGCUCUGGCCUAAGGAACAACCGUUUGGACCCAAUGUGUCCAUAGAUGGGGACUCUCCUGAACAUCUUGAAUGGAUAUAUAGCCGAUCUUGUGAAAGAGCAAAAGAGUUCGGAAUUCUAGGAAUCAAUAUGCGUUUGGUGAAGGGAGUCGUCAAACGAAUUAUUCCCGCUGUUGCCUCGACAAAUGCUGUUAUCGCCUCAGCUAUCGUUACUGAGGCUUUCAAACUCCUGACGCUAUGUUACGAUUACCUGAAUAACUACAUGAAUUUUGCAGAUAUUGAAGGAAUAUACACAUAUCGUUUUCAAAUAGAACGAAAGCCCGAUUGUCUUGUCUGUAAUAAUACGCCGAAAUUGCUUCACCUUUCUCCAAAAUCCACCCUAAGAGAUCUUGUGGAUCAUUUGAAACAUGAUCCAGACUUACAAAUGCAGUCUCCUACUGUGAUGACAGUUAUGAAUGGCGCCAACAGAACUCUGUUUGUGGACUUUGAUGAAGCUAUGCAUGGACUUCGGGAUAAUUUGGCUAAAACACUUGAAGGUAAAUUCGGAUUCUGGUUUGGAACUUAUUUUAAUAUAUCCACUACAACUGCUUUGCCACUUCUUCGGCAUUGUGCAUGUGCACUGAUUGCCCGUGUUUUUCGAUUCUCUUCCCAACACCGAGCAAAUUGUCGCCGUCAACUACAGUACGUUAGUCUCUCAGGUGAGCCCUUUGCUACUUCGGUGCCUCCAGCUGCCAUAGAUCUCCUCCUUCCCCCGUCUCUGGAUCCUCCUCUGAUCAACAGUGUACCAUGGUCAAGUCUUGACCCCUCAUCUACCCUUCUGAUUGAUUCACGAAGCCCGUCAGAGUAUGCAGUGGACCACAUUCAAGGAGCAGUCAAUGUGCCCAUUCUGUCUGACACUGAGAGAGCUGAGGUGGGCAAAAUCUUUUCCAGUGGAAAUGCUCUAGAAGCGAGGCUAAAGGGUGCCAGGUUUGCUUGCAACAACAUUGCAGAAUCUCUGAGACCAGAAGGUACAUUAACAAGGCUUUUAGAUGCGCUUAACAAAAAUUCAAGUAGUACCUCUGGAUCUUUUUCGCCAAUAACACUGCUGGUAUACUGCGGACGAGGUGGACAGAGAUCGUUGGGAAUGGCGACGAUUUUGGCGGAGCUACACUGUCCUAAUUGUGAGGUUAUGUGUCUGGCUGGUGGAUAUAAGGCCUGGAGAAGGUUACUCGUUAGACAACUCAAUUGUUGGCCAAUGCAAAUUGGGCCGGGUGGAAUGGCAGAAACAUUGUGGGUGCUCUCCAGUUUUACGGGUUGUGGCAAAACCCUACUCCUGGAAGAGUUGGAAAAAUCUGGGGAACAUGUCCUCAAUCUGGAGCGUAUGGCUGAGCACAAGGGUUCUGUGUUCGGUGGCAGUGACUUCACCAAAUCCCCAUCACAGAAAGUCUUUGAUACGCGUCUCCACGCUGCACUCCGCUCAUGCCUCAAUGUCUCACGUGUCUGGACGGAAUGUGAAUCGAAGUGUGUCGGUCCUUCCUGUCAUCUUAGUGAGGGUUUUUGGCGGCGUAUGCGUGGGACAAACGCCACGAAGAGGAUCUGGCUUAGUGCAUCGUUCAAUUCUAGAGUGGAUUAUAUCCUACGGGACUAUGCCGAUUGGAUUGGGUGCUCGGAGGAGAAAUACGAACAUGUUCUUAAAUCGCUAGCGAAUUAUCAUAGCAAGAACCGUCUUGAAUCCUGGCGUAAACUUAUUCAACGUGGAGAUUUCGCAGCCUUCGUAGCAGAACUCCUUGGUCAUCACUAUGACCCUUUGUACAAAAAAUCCCGUGGUCCGUUGCUGCAGCACUUUGCCGAUCGUGGUCUUCUCCAUCGUGUUGAACUCUCCACCAUAUCUCAAUCCUACUUCCGCCUUGAAGUCGCACGGCUCUUUGGAAAAACACUGGCCUUUCUCACGAAUGAGCUUCCCUCUCUUCGAACUGUUAGAGGAUUGCAGACUUCACCAUGCCUACAAAGGCAUCCGGGUAUAACUUAUCCUUAUAAGCUGAGUUGGAAGUGGUUGGUCGAGAAGCAUAUUGAUCCAACUCAGUACACGGUGGAUCCGAUUAGGAAGAUUAGGACGGGUGGACGUGGUCCUGAUGGUCAAAUUCAGUACAAGCAUCAUACAAAAGGUUUGAAUUUCCCCUACUUCCUUGUUGACUAUGUUCGUUCACGGCAGAUGGAGACUAAGCAGAUUCAUGAAGAGGUUAUUCUCAAAAUAGCCAAAAACUGGUGGCGAGAUCCCUAUUUGGCUUUAACAGCCUGUGGAGAGGUCAAGCGAUGGAUUAUUGCCACUUCCAACAUGAAAGAAGGCGACAUUAUCCGCUCUCAUUGGGAGAUUCCUAAUAUUCCCGUCCUGCCCAUUCCUGGUGACGCAUAUCCUGUGGGCGCCUUACCCGUGGGAACACAAGUCUGUCUAGUUGAAUUACAUCCAGGACAGGGAGCUGAAAUGUGUCGUGCAGCUGGAGCCACCGCAACUGUUGUUCGACGUGGAAUUGCCGUUCAUGACUUGGAUGGUCUCAACAAACAGCUAAAUGAUAUGUUGUCUGCAGAAUUAAUAGACGACUGCUAUACUUGUGUCCUUCAACACGACUCCUCUAAACGAGAGAUCCGCCUUCUUCCAACCUGUGUCGCCGUCGUUGGCCAGGUCUCAAACGAAAAUCAUAAUAAGGAGAAGUACAGAAAGUUUGGUGAGAAGUAUUGGCAUGGGAUCAAACAGCGCUCUGGUCUAUACCAGAGGAAGACGGGACGUUUUGGGCGAAAGAUUUACCCCGUAGACCCUCUCCUAGAUUGUACAAAAGAUGCAGAGGUAUCGGAUGGUGAAAUUAGGGCGAAAUUCACGCUCUCGGAUAGACCUGAAGCUGAGAGACGAAGAGAAAGGGAGAUUUUUGCAGACUCUUUGCUUAUUAAGCGACAGAAGAUUCGACCCGAUCCUGGACCUAAUAAUGGCCUACCUCAUACCCUACCCGAAUUUACCUGGCGUCAUGUUUAA